AUGGAAUCCGUCAAUGUAGUUUUCCGCUUUCGAGCGAAUGAAAAAGGUGACUCAGGAGACUUCGUUAACUGAACCAUUACCCCCACAACUCUAAAAAACGACAAAAAAGACCAUAUCUAUGCAUUUGAUGCCAUUUUAGGUCCAGACAAAACUCAAGAGGAUCUAUACGAAUCAUCGUCUCGAAAAAUUGUUGACAGCUUUAUGGACGGCUAUAACAGUACAAUAUUCGCCUACGGGCAAAGUGGCUCAGGAAAAACCUUCUCUAUGCUUGGUCCAGAAGAAGUAACAGAGGUAUUGGUAAAUCAAAGUGAAAUUCCUGAAAGCAUUCAAGAACUCUUUGGAAUUAUCCCAAGAAGUACUUUUCAUAUAUUUGAUUUAGUCGAGCAAGGGAUUAAAAAAAGCACCCAGUUUACUAUUAAGGUCAGUUAUAUAGAAAUUUAUAAUGAAGCUAUCAAUGAUAUUCUUACGACACCACCAAAUACAAAUCUAAAAAUCAGAGAAUUUGUUGGGCAGGGGAUGUCUGUAAUUGGACUGUUUGAAAGAUGCAUUACGACACCUGAAGAAGUUUUUGAUGCAAUUUCUAUAGCGACGGCUAAUAGGAUUACUUGUGCAACUGGACAAAAUGCAAGGAGUAGCAGGUCUCAUACAGUUUUUAUUAUUACUGUGGAUCAGGUUUUGGCGGAUGGGAGCAGUAAAUCAUCAAGAUUGAAUCUAGUUGAUUUGGCAGGGAGCGAAAAGUUAAGCAAAACAGGGGCAACUGGGCAGGCUUUAAAAGAAGCUCAAAAAAUCAAUUUGAGUUUGACUACCUUAGGUAGAUGCAUCAAAGCCUUGACUAGUAAAAAUGAAACUCAUAUACCCUAUAGAGAAAGUAAGCUUACCCAAAUACUUACUCUCCUCUGUGAGUAAACAAAAACAUUUUGCUCGGUCACUGAGGGGGCUAAUUUUUUUUAAAUUUAUAUUAAAAUUUUAUAGUAUUUUUUUUUUUCGAAAUUUAAGAAAACCUCUAUUGAGAAAAGUAAGAAUUAAUCUAAUUUAUAAAAUUUGCGUAUUAAAAUACAGGCUGUUUAAAAUUAAGCAAAUUUAAUUAUAUAAUUAUCGCUUAUAUAUUAAAAAAAAUUUUGUUUGCUCACACAUGGGGGAGUUAAAGAGUCUUUAGGAGGGAAUGCAAAAACUGCCCUUGUGUGUACGGGGUCUAUGAGAAAGGUACAUUUUGAAGAGACUGUGGGGACUUUGAAGUUUGCUGAGCGAGCUAAAAUGGUUAAAAAUAGCGCGAAAAGCAAUGUAAAAAGAUCGGCUGAAGAGCUGGAAGCAUUGGUAGAGCAAUUAAAGCUGGAGAUAGAAAGGCUGAAAAAAAUGCUGAUUGACAAAGAUUCUGGGGCUGAAGUGCUUCUCCAAGGAGAUAUGUCGGUGGAAUAUCAGGAAUUGAAAAUAAAAUAUGAAACUUUGUCAGUUGCUUCGCAAAAACAGAUUGAAUUGCUGCAACAUCAGGUAGAAAUGGCAGAAGAAAAAGAAACGCAUGGAGGGGAUAUGGUGUCACUUAUCCCCUUAAUCAGUGAAUAAUUUACUAUUCAAAUUUUUAAAAAAAUAUUUUUUUUAUAUUAAAAAUUCAUAUAUAUUUUGCAAAUUAAAUAGAUGUAUCUGGUGAAAAAAUAUUUAAUUGCAAAAUACCUAACAAGAAUCAUUUUGAGUUUUCUUAAUAGGGAGAUUAGAGAAGAAGUUGACUCAUAUAAAGAUAGAGUUGAUGAAGCCAACGAGCAGGUAAAUAAAUUAACAUCUCAAAAUGAGCAACAAAGAAACUACUAUGAAGAAAUAAUAGAAAACCUUAAAAAAGAAUCCAAUGAAAACCAAGGAAAAAUAAUCCAAUUAUCAGAAGAAAACAAUUCAAUGACCCGAAAAAUCACAAAUCUAAAAUCAGAUCUUAGUACUCAAGAAGAAAGAGCUAUUGAAGCCACCCAAGAAAGAGACAGAUUAUUGGCACAAGAAAGCCUUAUAAAAGAUAAGCUUAGCAAUGCUGAAAAUAAUUUGCAAGCUGAAAUAGAAAAAAGAUCACAAGCAGAAAAUGAGAAUGAGAAGCUGAAAAACCAAAUUAAAAUUUUAAUAGAAGAAAAAGCAGUUUUAGAAGGAAAAUAUAGAGAAACAGAAAAAAAUAAUGAAGAUCUCCACAAAAGGCUAUUUGAAAUUGAAGACAAAGAGGAUGAUUAUAUUAACCAAAUAGAAAAACUUCAAAAAGAAAAUGAAAAUUUGAGAAAACAGCUAAAUGAAGCAAAAAAUCAAAUUAAUAAGCUUCAAGUUAGCUUGAAAGAAGCUAUUGAUAACUCAAAUAGAGAAAAAGAAGCUAUAAGAAGUGAAAAUUUCAGCCUCCAAGCUGAAGUAAAGCAGUCUGUUGCUGAAAUCCAGUCAUUAAGGUCUUUAUUAAAUCAAAAUGUAAGCGAUAAAGCACUUAUUCAGGAAAGAGAAAAUUAUAUACAAGAAAUGAACAGCCAUUUCCAAGAAAGCUUAAACAGAGCAAAAGAAGAAAAACAAGCAUUAGGGGCUCAGCUAAAAACUUUUAUGGCUCAAUUAGAUUCAGCUAGAAAAAAUGAAGAAAUUAAGGCUGAAGAAAAAGAAAAAUUAGCAGCACAAUUAAAAACAGUCAAUGAAAAAUAUAACAAAAUAGUAAAAGAAUUAGUUGAAGAAAAACAGUCAAAAACCAAAAUAAAUGCAAGAUUAAAAGAACUUGAAAUAAACUAUUUAUAAAUAAAUGCUACUUAUCAGACAGUAUUUAAUUUACUAUAAUAAAUAUAAAAGCUGGCUCUUAUAUAAUUAUUCUUAGUAUAAGCCAAGAAGAAAACAAAGCAGUCCUCGAUCAAUCAGAGAAGGCCAAAGCCGAAUUCACAGAAAAUUUCGAAAAAAUUUCUCAAGAAAAUUCUCAGCUAAAACAAUCAGUCACUGUCCUAAAUGAAACUUUAGCCAAGAUUAAAGAAGAACAACUAGUACAAUAUCAGCAGCUAUUAGAAGAAAAAACUAAAAUAAAGCAAGAAUGCUUAAACAUUGAAAAGCAGCUAAGAGAAGAAGCAGAAGAAUUUGAAAAUAAAUUAAAUAUCGCGCUAUCUGACAAGAAAAGAAUUUCCAGCCUAUUUGAAGAAAAAAAUAACGAGUUAGUCGCCGCUAAAUCUAAGCAGCUUGUAUUAGAAAAUGAAUUAAACAGAGCUAAGGUCCAAAUAGAAACCUUAGAAUCUGAUAUAAAACAAAAAGACAGAGAAGUCCAAAUAGAAAGAAGGACCUCUAUUAUAAGGCAAGGAGAAAGAAGAGGAUCUAUUAUGAUGGGCGGUUUCCAAAGGCGACAAAGCAUUUUAAAUACAAAAAUCACUCCUAGCACCGUAAUGAAAACUACCCCAGUUGGACCUGCAGGAUUUGGAGGGGUCGUUUUAAGGAAAACUGACAACAAGUUCUUAAAGGACGCAAUACAAGAAGCUAAAUUUGCUGCACAAAAUGCCCCGAAGUCGCAGUUUCAGGUGUAUUAUGGAUUUGAUGAAAUUCGAGCUUUGCUGUAUUCAAGUGUAGAUGAAGAAAUUCUGGAGGAAAAAAGAGAAAGAAGCUCGUCGUCUGAUAGCAAUUCAAGCUCGAAUUCGUCAUUUUCAUCUAACUCUGAAAAAGAAGAAAGUGAAGAAAAUUAA